AAUGGAGUUUAAUAAAAAAAUUAUCCUCGUGGUUCCCCUCAUCUGUUGCUCGCUCCUUUCGGGCAUCGACGCCGUUCCCUCAUAUCGCGUCAAACUGCUCGAAGAGCCUCCGUCGGCAGCCCCAGCUCCGUCUCCCUCCGACGACCUCGGAGGCAACACAGCGGCGUCACACAACGCUCAGCUGACAGCUCUGUGCAGUGACGCAGAGUCUCCACCUCUGUGCGUGAACACCAUCGCGCCAUUCAUCCAAGGCGCGCUUGACCCCGUGGUGGCCGUGAAGGUCGAAAUGGGGGCGACCAUGAACAUCACUACAAAGGUCUCUGAGACAAUCAAGGCUUUGCAAGCCAAACCAGAUAUCACGAAAGACGAAAAGGCGUCACUGGACAUAUGCGCAGACCAGUACUCAUCGAUUGUGGAUACUAUAAAUGAUUGUUUGGAUUCCGUCAAGCAGAACGACGUGUACGAUGCCUGGAUGAAGUUCUCGUCGGUGCUGUCGUACCAACAGGCAUGUGAAGAUGCUUUUAAGGAGGGUGGGGGUUCCAUUCCCUUCCCGGAGGAUUCGAAGACUCUGUUCCAGUUGGGCGGUAAUUGCUUGGCCAUCCUCAUGCAUCUAUCUGGCGAAACCUCGACUUAUUAAUAAGGAGCGAGCCUGCGUUAUAUGCUCGGGA